GAAACCCAAAAGGAAAUGACUGAGCCGGUCCGGGUCCCCGCCCGCCAGCGCUCCCCUGGCCACACCCUCCGCCUCAACGCUGCUACCUCGGCUGCCCUCUCCCUACGACACUGCCCAGCCGGCUCGCGACCCCCAGCUCUGACAUGUCACCCUCUGGUCGCCUGUGUCUCCUCAGUAUCCUUGGCCUGGUUUUCCCUACCAGAGGUAAGGCCCAGCCCUUGUCCGCCCUGCUCUCCGAGCCCCAAGCUGCGCCCUGAGUGUGCUGCUGGGUGGGCAGCUGGACAGGUGUUGGAGAAGACCACACCCAUUCCUCAAAUGGAACCAGACACUACGGACAGUCACGUCCUGACUCAAGUCACAGACACAGUCCACCCAGAACUCCAGUCUACCCCUCAGACCUCAACUCAAAAGACCGAUGAAACAACACAGAGCCAGACCAAGGCCCAGACCCGGCAACCGACGGUGAAGGAUGAGCUUCUAACAACAGAGGACCAGAUGGACGUGACGGGCAAGGAAGACACCACGCUCUCCAAGAGACGAUCCCCAAGCAAAGACAUCUGGACAGACUCCCCUACUCCCAGGACAGCUGGGUCGGGUGAGGUUACGGACAACCCCUUCUUCUAUGACGAGGACACCCUCCGGAAAAGGGGCCUGUUGAUUGCAGCUGUGUUGUUCAUCACUGGCAUCAUCAUCCUCACCAGUGGCAAAUAUAGACAGAUGUCCAAAUUCUGUCGGAAUUCUUGCAGGUGAGUCCAUCGGAAGUGGGUGCCGAUGGCCUAAUUGGCACCCCAACACCGAGCUCCCCCAACAGCUCACCGUGCCCAGCCUCCUCGCUCCCUUCAUAGAGCCUACAGAGUGGUCAGUGUAUGAAGCCCAGCAUAAAAGGGAAGACACAGAUGGUUCCAGAGCUGGGACUGACGUCCCCAAGCCCCCUGCCCACCCAGCACUGCUCUCCCUGGCACUACCCCCCAAGUUAUGCAUUCUGUUCAGAUCAAAAGUAAAGCACUGUGGUCCUUAA